AUGUCAGAACUCGCACCGACGAAUCCUAAACCUUUCUUAAGAGAGCUCAUCAACAAGCCCAUCGUGGUGACGCUGAAGUUCAACAAGACGCAGUACAAGGGCCUACUGGUAUCUACAGAUAACUACUUCAAUCUGCAACUUACAGAGGCAGAGGAGUUCAUAGAAGGCCAGUCAAAAGGGAAAAUAGGCGAUAUCUUUAUUAGAUGUAACAAUGUGCUGUGGAUAGGUGAAGACCUGCAGAAAAAAGAAGAGGAACCACAGACUCUUGACCAGCAAAGCUAG